AUGACUCUUCCAAACGAUCCCCGUGCCGUGGCGACGCCUCCCGGCAGGAGCAUCAAGGUACUCGCCGUCCUAGUCUUCCCAGCCCACUUUAGCGCCAUGUCCCAGCUCGGGAUACCGCCGGUUUACAGGGCUCUCUACAUCUCUACCGUCGUUCCCGUGGCUAUACUGGGUUACGUGAUAGGAUGGUCCUCCAACAGUAGGGGCUUGGAAGAUCGACGGCCUGGAACCCAGCCCACCGGCGGGGAAAGUGUCGAUCCGCCAGUCAGGUCGGCCGCAGAGAAGGCUGAUAUCCGUGACAGAGCUGGCAUGUUCUUGUCCGCACUUCUCGCGCUUGUCAUCACCGUCGCAUGGUUUAUCAUUGUCGGCAUUCGGCUUAUGAGAUGCGCAUGCCACCUGGAGGACGGGCAACUGUGGUAG